AAAAUAAUUAAAAAAAUGAUAACAAGCCAGUGGGAAUGGUAUGACAAUUUACAUAAUUGUCACAAUGUACACAAAUUAUUUUGACUAAUGGUAUGUUAAAGAGUAAUCACAAAUAAAAAAUAUCUUUUAUGUUUUUUAAAAAUGACAAGGUAUUAUUUAACAUAAUAACAAAGAUUGUUUUAAUUAAAAACAAAAAAAUAAAGAAGAAGAAGAAAAAAAAAAGAAAAAAAAAUAUAUAAUAAGGAAGGAGAAUAUAUUUUGAAAUCGGAAAGACGUCAAAGUUACUAAAGAAGACUAGUCGGAUUAUCACAAUUGACGAGACAAGUCUUAGUUAUUUAAUACAAGAAGAAGAAGAAGAAGAAAUUUUUUUAUUUAAAAUGAUGGGGAAAAAAUUGAUUUUUAUAUUUACCUUUUUUUUUUUUAAUUAUUGUACUGCUUAUAAUGUAUUAUUAGCAACAAUGGGUGGUACUAAAUCUCACACAGUUCCCUUUGUUGCUUUGGGAACGGCCUUGAGAAUUAGAGGUCAUAAUGUAACAUUAGUUAGUGCAUUUCCUGGACCGGCAGCAAACAACGGAUUGCGUGAAUUAAUACCACCGAUAUUUGAGGCUUAUGUGGGUAAUUAUACAUCUGAAUGGGAUCUCGUUGGUUCGAGAUUUCGUAACGAAUUACCACUUUCGCCAUGGGAUGCUAUGAGAUAUGGCUGGGAAUCAUGUGAAGCUUUGCUCCGUGAUGAGAGCUCUGUCGCGGCUCUCAGACGACCGGAUAUAAGUGAAAAUUACGAAUCGAACAGUUGGGAUGUUGCUAUUCUUGAUGGAGCAUUUCCAGAAUGUCUUCUAGGAAUUUUACAUGGAGAAAAUAUUCCUACGAUGAUGUUGAAUACAGUUGCACUUUACGGUGGAUCGAUGUCUCGUCAGGGUAAUCCAACCCUCUGGUCAUUAACGCCGUACUUUGGCAAGGGAUAUACUCAAGAUAUGAAUUUCUUUCAACGUAUCACUAAUGUUGCAUGUUUAGUUACCUUAGAAGUUAUGCAUUGGAUUAUGACUACUGGAUUUAUUCAGCCUACAUUGAGAAAGUAUUUAGGUGAUCAAGUACCGGAUGUUAGAGAAUUGGUAUCCGAAGUGUCUUUGACUUUACAAAAUAGUCAUUAUUCAGUAGCCGAAUCAAUGCCUUAUUUACCAAAUGUAGUGAACGUUGCUUGCCUUCACUGUCGCCCGGCAAUGGAAUUAAGUCCCGAUUUAGAAUCAUUUCUUCGCAAAGGUUUCAUAUUUGUUUCAAUGGGUUCAUCAGUACGUGCUUCUGGUAUGCCAGAUACGUUGCGUGAAAUAUUUAUAGCUGCAUUUUCAACUUUACCAUUUAAUAUUAUUUGGAAAUGGGAAGGUAGUAAAAUAAAUAAUUUACCAAGUAAUAUUAGAACGGGUGCUUGGUGGCCACAACAAGAAUUACUUGGGCAUCCACAAUUACGCGCCUUUGUGUCACACGGCGGAUUAUUAUCGCUUCAUGAAGCUGCGUAUCAUGCAGCACCUACGCUAGUACUUCCUGUUUUUUGUGAUCAUGAUGGGAAUGCUGCUCAGGCUGAAAAAUUGGGUUACGCACUUGUUAUGAAUCUCGCUAGUCUAUCUAUCAAUGAUUUACGUGAAGCUAUACUUAAAGUUACUGCUAAACGUAGUAAUCCUUACAAAGAGGCUGCAAGACGAAGGAGUAUUUUGUUAAAGGAUCAACCGCUAGGAUCUAAUGAAGUAGCAACUUGGUGGGUUGAACACGUUGCUAAACAUCAAGGAGCUGAACAUCUUAAAAGUCCUACAAGACUUAUGGGUGUCGUGCGAUAUUAUUCAGUCGAUGUACUUGCUUUUUAUGCAGCUGUUACAUUUAUAUUUAUUCAAGUACUUCACAAAUUACUGCGAAGAAGUUUUACAAAGCACACGUUAAUUGUAAAAGGAAAAAUUGAUUGAUUCAGUCAUUUAUGUACAUAUAUUCUUUAAAAAUUAAUAUUAUUUUUUUUUUAUAAUUAUAAAGUGUUUAUUUAUUAGUCAUAUUUUAUAACUAAUG